AUAGUGUGAAAUGUGUGUGUGGUGUUAUUAAAUUCCUUAUAGAAUAAGAUGGAUCUAGUUUUUAAAUGUCAGGAAAUGGCUUAAUAUUUAUUUAUUGCCUCCUCACUUUUAAAGACUCUCAUGUCCUUUUAAAUCUAUACCUAUAUGGAUCAUUGAGCAGAAGUGUUAUUUAUUACCACAACUAAUUGUUAUUGAAAUUAUCGUAUAAAAUGGUGCAAAGUUAUAAACGAGAACCAUGUGGAGCGAAUAAUAGUAGUGUCGUAAUGUAAUACAUUAAUCGUUAAUUGACUGGGGGUGUCCCCGCAGCAUGGGCCAGCAGCCUCAGUCUCCAUUACAGCGCAGCAUGAACCCCAGUACUCCCAGCGCCCGCUCGUCGGGAUAUCACCAGAAGGCCAUGGAGGAAAUCCACAAUUCACUAUUGCCUUUCGCAAAAAGCAGUGGCAGUGGUGAAGUUCUGAGCUCUAGUGCUGCCAGCUCCAUAUCCACUCUCUCAGCUACCAGCGGCGUAUCCUCCAUGAGUACCGCUUCCGGUAGUAACGGUACUACCGACCUCUAUCAGCUGCGACAAAUGCUCGCGCAACUUUUAACUAUGGGAUAUUCAGAGGACUGUUCGGUGCGAGCUCUUCAAAUUUCUGGCUUCCGUUUAGAAGGAGCGAUUGAUUACCUUCUUAAGCAACAACUUGACGCGAAUUCAAAAACAAGCUACAAAAAAUUAAUUCGCAAGCCAAGUAUCGAACGCGAACUGGGCCUACGAGGCAGUCCUGCGGUUGAUAGCGGCGCGGGGAGCUCACGGUCCGAUAGUCCUCGUCUCGCCGAACUGCAUCCACCUGCCAGUCGCCAAUAUUCUCCGAGUAAUUUUAAUGAACCUCCCCCUCCACCGCCUCCCAGAAAUACUCCUCCCCCACCUCCGCCGCAUGUCGCUUACCAACCCGUGCCUAGCAACGUACAGCAGUUAUUUAAGAGAAUGUCACCGGCACCGGCUUUACCAUCUAGAGCCCCGCCAGCUCCACCCUAUAGUUCUACGUCUUCUCAACAAAGGGGCACUAGUCCAGUUAGUAGCAUUUCAUCAUCGUCUGCUCGUCAGCCAAUGGUAGUUCAAAACGGACCCCAAGUACAACAGCAACUGUCGCAACAAAUCCAAGCAUUGAGUUUAUAUCAGAGUACAUCAUCAGCAUCGGAACCUCCUCCACCUUAUCCACUUAUACCACAGUCUCCAUCAGUAGCACCACCUCCGCCGCCUUCCUAUUCUGCAUCUAUACAAAAUAGGCAAAGUCCUACUCAGGACUUUAGGAAAAGUCCGUCGUCUGGAAUAUAUUCCGGAGGAACAUCAGCCGGAUCGCCCAGCCCUAUUCCCGUAGCAACAACUACCCCCACAGCUCUGGCUAGGCCUACGCCCCUGCAGGCUUGGGGCGCACGGCAAGCCAAGACCCAGCCUCCGAUUAUUAUGCAAUCUGUGAAAAGUACACAGGUACAAAAACCAAUCUUGCAGACCGCUAUAGCGCCCACGUCGCCUCAAAUUUCCGCUUCGCCCACUAGUACAACUCCACCCGCUGCAACCGUACCUCCGCCUUCAUACACAGCUUCGAUUCAACAGAAACAUCAGCAGCAACAACAACAACAACAAGCACAGCAUUUGUCAAAACCUGUCGCAGCUCUCCCUACAAAUGUAUCGCCAUCUUCAACUACAAACGGUAACAAUACGUCACCGUUGGUCGUACCCACCACCGAGCCACCUAGUUAUGCGAGUACAAUGCAAGCUAAGGCUGAAGCUAAAGCAAAAGCGGUACAAAGAGGAAUUGCGAUUCCCCCGUUACCUUAUUCAACUGGUAGCGGAGAUGACAGUUUAGCUCAGGUGGCGACGGUAGAAUCGGGAAUUACUCCAAGAACAUCGCCUCAAAUACAUGCGCCUCUUCAAAGAAAAUAUUCACCAGCGAUGCCUUCAGAAAACAUUCAUUGCCGUUCAGACAGUCCUCACUCGGCCUCAUCUAGUGAAGGCAGGCACUCGAUUCCAGAUUUAAGCGGAGCUCCUCCUCUGCCACCUACGUUAUCAUCGUCGGUCACUUCGAAGAACAAGCAGAAUGUGCCGUCUGUUAAUGGUAAAGCAGAACAUAAGGAAAACAACCCGCCGCCCCCUCAACUACCACCUUAUAAAAAAAUUAAACACCAGUCGCCCAUUCCGGAACGGAAGAAGAUCAGCAAAGAAAAAGAGGAAGAAAGAAGGGACGGCAAAGUGAAAAAUUAUUCGCCGCAAGCUUUUAAGUUUUUCAUGGAGCAGCACAUCGAGAAUGUAAUCAAAGCUUAUAGACAACGAAUCUUCCGGCGUCUUCAAUUGGAGAACGAAAUGACAAAGAUCGGACUAAGUCCAGAGGCACAGUGUCAAAUGCGGAAAAUGCUUUCUCAAAAAGAAUCUAAUUACAUACGACUGAAAAGGGCCAAAAUGGAUAAGAGUAUGUUCACAAAAAUCAAACCGAUCGGUGUGGGGGCAUUUGGAGAAGUUACUCUAGUACGAAAAAUCGACACAAAUCAUUUAUAUGCUAUGAAGACAUUACGAAAAGCUGAUGUGCUUAAGAGAAAUCAAGUGGCACACGUUAAAGCCGAAAGGGAUAUCUUGGCCGAGGCAGAUAACGAAUGGGUUGUCAAAUUAUAUUAUUCGUUUCAAGACAGCGAUGUCCUUUAUUUUGUCAUGGAUUAUAUACCUGGAGGCGAUCUUAUGUCACUAUUAAUUAAACUGGGAGUGUUUGAAGAGCCUUUGGCGAGAUUUUACGUGGCAGAAUUAACAUGUGCUAUCGAGAGCGUUCAUAAUAUGGGUUUCAUUCAUAGAGAUAUCAAGCCGGACAAUAUUUUGAUUGAUAGAGAUGGACACAUCAAACUAACCGAUUUUGGAUUGUGCACAGGUUUUCGUUGGACACAUAAUUCAAAAUAUUAUCAACCGAAUGGUGAUCACAGCAGACAGGAUUCCAUGGAGCCGAUGGAAGACUGGAACAACGAAGAAUGCCGAUGUAAAGCAAUGAAGCCGUUAGAGAGGCGACGUCGCCAGGAGCAUCAGCGAUGUCUUGCACACUCGUUGGUCGGCACACCGAAUUACAUUGCUCCUGAAGUGUUGCAACGCACUGGAUACACGCAACUCUGCGAUUGGUGGAGUGUCGGCGUGAUAUUGUACGAGAUGCUUGUGGGUAGUCCACCUUUUCUAGCCAAUACUCCUGCCGAGACUCAAUUUAAGGUGAUAAACUGGGAAACUACGUUACACAUACCGAAGCAAGCCAACCUUUCAAAAGAAAGUACGGACUUGAUAUUGAAGCUGUGUACGAACGCGGAUAAGCGAUUAGGAAAAAAUGCGACCGAAGUAAAAGCGCAUCCAUUCUUUAGCGGGAUUGAUUUCGAAAAGGGUCUCAGGCGACAACCUGCUCCUCAUAUACCAAAAAUCGAUUAUCCAACCGACACGUCUAACUUUGAUCCGGUCGAUCCUGAUAAAUUGCGCAAUUCGAAUUCAAUCGAUUCCAGUGCAUCAGACGAAAUCCUGGACUCGUCGCGACCUUUUCACGGAUUUUUUGAAUUUACAUUUCGUCGAUUUUUCGACGAUGGUGGCGGACCUGUCUUCAACAGGAUUAAUCUCGACGAUACAAGCGAUAAUCAAGGACCUGUAUACGUGUGACGCGUUCUUUGGUGGAUGCAUAAGAAAUAUUGUCCUUGCUGUAUCCGUUCUUCUUGCCAUUUCGAAAAUUGCUCCGCGCUUAAAAGGGAAGUAGAAAAAUAUUACCCUGUCUACUUCUUGAAAUCGAUUUUUUUUAAAUAAGCGUUUGUUUCAUUGACGGAUGAUCGAAUGUUUAUGAUGAAAGAUUAAUCGUUAACAAUAGUUUGUUUAACACUGUUAACAAUAAUUACAUAUUAUUAUUUGUUUGAUCAUCUAUUUGCUUUCACGAUUACUAUUAUUAAGCAUUUUACUGUAGGUGUUCAACAAAACCAGAAACCAAAGUAUAGGUGUUAGAUUAUACCCCAACAAGAGAAAAUUUUGUUUUUAAAACAAAAAGCAAAAAAUUAACGAAAGUAGUAAAACCGGUGUAUUUCCUAUCUUAUGUUUACAGAGAAAAAAAUACAUAAAGCUAAUAACGACAAGAUAAUUAAAGUAUCUUUAUAUAUAUUAUGAGUUGUAGGGUGGUCNAUCAGUAU